UUUUUUUUUUAAGGAUCUACAUGAGAAUGACCAUCUUCUUCUGUCUCUUAAAUGUUAUAUCUGGAUUUCAAAGUAGCUGUAAUUUGGAGGACACUAGUGACUAUCCUGCUCCAUUAUGAGAAGACAUUCACCAGUGUAAAACAGUCUGGAAGAAGAUUUCUCUAAGAAAAUCAAAAAGCAUAGAAUCCUUUAAUAAAACAGAAAAGAUUUAGAAUUUCAUAAGAUUUUGGCUAUCUGGGUCUUAAAAAAAAAUAAAUAAAAUGAACCGUUACACAAUCAUGAAACAACUAGGUGAUGGGACCUAUGGCAGUGUGUUGAUGGGGAAGAGCAACGAGUCAGGAGAACUUGUGGCUAUCAAAAGAAUGAAAAGAAAGUUCUAUUCAUGGGAUGAAUGUAUGAAUUUGAGAGAAGUCAAGUCUCUGAAGAAGCUAAAUCAUGCCAAUGUAAUUAAAUUGAAAGAAGUCAUACGAGAAAAUGACCACCUUUACUUUGUAUUUGAAUACAUGAAGGAAAAUCUCUAUCAGUUAAUGAAGGACAGAAACAAGUUUUUCCCUGAGUCAGUCAUCAGAAACAUGAUGUAUCAGAUAUUACAAGGGCUAGCUUUUAUCCAUAAACACGGAUUUUUUCAUAGAGAUAUGAAACCUGAAAACCUUCUCUGUAUUGGACCAGAACUUGUGAAAAUAGCAGAUUUUGGUUUGGCUAGAGAACUAAGAUCUCAGCCACCUUAUACAGAUUAUGUUUCUACCAGGUGGUACCGUGCUCCUGAAGUUUUGCUAAGAUCAUCUAUUUAUAGCUCACCUAUUGAUGUGUGGGCAGUUGGCAGCAUAAUGGCUGAACUGUACACACUGAGACCUCUUUUCCCAGGCACAAGUGAAGUAGAUGAAAUCUUCAAAAUUUGCCAAGUAUUAGGGACUCCGAAGAAGAGUGACUGGCCAGAAGGAUACCACCUUGCUUCUGCCAUGAAUUUCCGUUUCCCACAAUGUGUCCCUAUAAGCCUAAAAACUCUAAUCCCAAAUGCAAGCAAUGAAGCAAUACAGCUUAUGAGUGAUAUGCUGAACUGGAAUCCGAAGAAGAGACCUACAGCAAGUCAGGCUUUGAAGUACCCUUAUUUUCAAGUUGGCCAAGUUUUAGGACCUCCUCCACAGUAUCUGGAGAAGCAGACUCCUCUUAAACCAGGUCAGCCAACAGAGCCAAAGCCAGCUUUACCUAAAGUGGAACCUAUAUCAAAGCCAGAACCUCUGUCUUCACCUGAUGCACCGGACAAAACACAGCCACAGCCCUUAUCAAAGGUUAACCACCAGCCUCUCCAGCAAAUUCAAUUGCCUCAGAAUACAGCUAACCAGCAAGUACCAAAACAGCAGCAGCGACAGGCACAACCGUUUUUUCCAACCAUCAAUAAAAACUCAUCACCA